CAAUGGAAUGAAUGGAAUAUAAAUACUAGCCAAUAGGCAGCCAGCUUGGGCUGUGUAUAAAACUGAUGAGGAGGUGGGGGUGAGGUUCCACUCCGGGCAGGUCUUUCUGGGAGCGCGCUGAGGAGCACUAGCCUUUCUUUUUCUCAGAAGUCCUCGCUCCUUGCAGCCAGUGUCUGCCACCAUGCCAUUCUCAAACAGCCACAACCUCUUGAAGACGAAGUAUUCUGCGGAGGACGAGUAUCCAGAUCUGAGUGUACACAACAAUCAUAUGGCUAAAGUGUUGACCUUGGAACUGUAUGCCAAGUUGAGGGGUAAACAGACACCUAGUGGAUUUUCCAUGGAUGAUGCAAUUCAAACUGGGGUUGACAACCCAGGCCAUCCCUACAUCUUGACAGUAGGUGCUGUAGCUGGCGACGAGGAGUCCUAUGAUGUGUUUCAGGAGCUCUUUGAUCCCAUUAUUGAGGACCGACAUGGAGGCUACAAGCCUUCGGACCAGCACAAGACGGAUUUGAAUGCCGACAACUUGCAGGGUGGUGAUGAUCUGGAUCCCAACUAUGUCCUAAGCUCACGUGUCCGAACCGGCAGAAGCAUUCGUGGGUUCUGCCUUCCCCCUCAUUGUAGCCGAGGAGAGAGACGUGCAAUUGAGAAGCUUUCUGUGGAAGCUCUGGCUAGCCUGGAAGGGGAUCUCAAUGGGCGGUACUAUGCCCUGAAGAACAUGACAGAUGCCGAGCAGCAGCAGCUCAUUGAUGACCACUUCCUGUUUGACAAGCCGGUUUCUCCUCUGCUCUUGGCCUCUGGGAUGGCACGAGACUGGCCGGAUGGCAGGGGCAUCUGGCAUAACGACAACAAGACCUUCCUUGUGUGGAUCAACGAGGAAGACCACCUUAGAGUUAUUUCCAUGCAGAAAGGUGGGAAUAUGAGGGACGUCUUCAGCCGCUUCUGCACUGGCCUAACGCAGAUUGAAACACUCUUCAAGUCCAAAGGCUACGAGUUUAUGUGGAACUCCCACCUUGGCUACAUCUUGACCUGCCCAUCCAACCUCGGCACGGGUCUCCGUGCAGGAGUUCACAUUAAGCUGCCCAACCUUGGCAAGCAUGAGAAGUUUGGAGAAGUCCUCAAGAGGCUGAGGCUGCAGAAACGUGGCACAGGUGGUGUAGACACCGCUGCUGUGGGAGGAGUGUUUGACGUCUCCAAUGCUGACCGCCUUGGCUUCUCGGAGGUGGAGCUGGUGCAAAUGGUGGUGGACGGAGUGAAGCUCCUGAUUGAGAUGGAGAAAUGCCUUGAGAAAGGCCAGCCCAUUGACGACCUCAUCCCAGCUCAGAAAUGAAAAGCACUUUAACCCCUCCUCAUGCUGCUUCCUAACUUAUUGGAUGAUGAAUAAUACAAGAAAACGCUCCAAUCAAAACCCUGGAGGCAAAAGAAAACCCCACUUAGUAACACUUGUAGAAAGUCUUCCAUCCAUAUGUGUUAGAGUUUAUUUUUUUGAUGGCUGAGAUGUCACUGAGAAACUGAAAUAAACCAUUGUUUGGCCUGA